UUCUCAUUCUCUUAGUUGUUUUGCCUUUCAAUUUUAUUUAGGUCAUGAACGGUCUCUUAGCAAUGAAUCUUCUUGGGAAGUGGAUUCUCUUUUGAAGGUCAAAUCCAUCUACAUAAGUUCUGCAAUAUUAGCGGCUAAAAGCCCUUUUUUCUACAAGCUUUUCUCAAAUGGCAUGCGGGAAUCUGAUCAGCGGCAUGCUACCUUGCGAAUUAAUGAGUCAGAGGAAGCUGCUCUUAUGGAACUGUUGAGUUUUAUGUACAGCGGAAAGUUGUCAAGUCUCUCAGCAACAGCUCUUCUAGAUGUUCUUUUGGCGGCUGAUAAAUUUGAGGUUGCUUCUUGCAUGAGGCACUGCAGUCAGAUGCUAAGAACAUUGCCAAUGACUACAGAUUCAGCACUCCUCUUUCUAGAACUCCCAUCCAGUGUUUCUAUGGCUUCUGCAGUUCAGCCACUUACAGAUGCUGCCAAAGAAUUUCUUGCCAAUAAAUAUAGGGAUAUAAGCAAGUUCCAGGAUGAAGUGAUGAAUCUACCCCUAGCCGGCAUUGAGGCAAUCCUGAUCAAUGAUGACCUCCAAGUAGCUUCAGAGGAUGCUGUUUAUGACUUGGUGCUAAAAUGGGCUCGAGCACAAUACCCGAAACUGGAAGACCGGCGAGAAAUACUCGGAUCCCGUCUCGGACGCUUAAUCCGAUUCCCUUUUAUGACUUGUCGGAAGUUGAGAAAGGUGCUUGCAGGCAAUGAACUUGACCAUGAGACCGCCGCUAAAGCUGUCAUGGAUGCAUUGUUCUUCAAGUCCGAGACCCUGCAUCGGCAACGUGCACUCGCCUUAGAAGAUGUCAUCAACCGACGGUUUGUUGAACGGGCUUACAAAUAUCGUCCAGUGAAGGUGGUCGAGUUUGAUCAACCCCAUCCUCAAUGCAUCGUUUAUCUAGACUUAAAUAGGGAGGAGUGUGCCAAUUUGUUUCCAUCCGGUCGUGUCUAUUCUCAGGCAUUCCACUUAGGUGGCCAUGGAUUCUUCCUCUCUGCACACUGCAACAUGGAUCAACAAGCCUCAUUUCAUUGCUUUGGACUUUUCUUAGGAAUGCAGGAAAAAGGUUCUGUGAGCUUUACAGUAGACUAUGAAUUUGCGGCGAGGGUGAACCUGACUGGAGAGUUUGUUAGCAAAUACAAAGGAUAUUAUACCUUUACGGGAGGCAAAGCAGUUGGAUAUAGAAAUUUGUUUGCAAUUUCAUGGACAGCUUUUAUGGCUGAGGAUAGUCAGUAUUUCAUGAAUGAUAUUCUUCAUUUGAGAGCAGAGUUGACAAUCAAACAACCACAGCAAUUGCUUCAGCGCUAACCAUUCUUUUACUAAAUCUUUUUUUACUCUAAGUGGACUUACACGUUAACUUCAAUGAUGAUGUUACUAAACCUUAGUUUUUUUUUUAGGAUGUUACUUUUGGUUUUGGAUUAAUUCUGAUGGUGCAAAUCUAUAUUUUGGAGGAAAAUUAAUAAAUUUGUUGCUUGAGAACAGAAAAUUUUUU